ACCGUUAAUCCGGCCAGGCAGCUUACUUGGUAUUCGCCUCUCCUCUCUUGACUCGAAGCCCUUGUGAGAACGCGUAACUCCCUCCAUUGGAAAAAUAUAACGGAAACUUCGGGGAGGGAAAGAGGCGUGAAAGCAUGAAACUCCACAGUCUCCGUAUUUUUCUACCUUUCCUUUUGGUCUGUACUGUCUACGUAGUUAGUGGAGACUACUGUGAGGUGGACCAGUGCCAUAAUGGAGCCACCUGUGUGACAGGCAUUGGAGAGGGCCCCUUCAUCUGCAUCUGUGCUGAGGGCUUCACAGGGGACACCUGUAAUGUCACUGAAAACGGGCCCUGUGUCCCCAACCCCUGCAAGAACGACGGGGUGUGUGAGGUGAUCACCAACACCAGGCGUGGGGACGUGUUCAACGAGUACCUCUGCAAGUGCCAGCCUGGGUUCGAGGGCCCACACUGCCAGAUCAAUGUGAAUGACUGUGCUGGGGAUCCCUGUAAGAAUGGAGGCAAGUGCAGAGAUCUGGACGGAGACUACGCCUGCUUGUGCCAAUCUCCAUACGUGGGCAAACAGUGCCAAGUUCGUUGUACAGCUCUAUUGGGGAUGGAGGGGGGCUCCAUAGACGAGUCUCAGAUCACGUCCUCCUCGGUGAGCUUUGGCAUGCUGGGCCUGCAGCGCUGGGGCCCAGAACUCGCCCGCCUCAACAACCAGGGCAUCGUCAACGCCUGGUCCUCUGCCCCGCACGACAAGAACCCCUGGAUCGAGAUUGACCUGCAGAAGAAGAUGCGUCUGAGUGGCAUUAUUACCCAGGGGGCUAGUCGCAUGGGGGGUGCUGAGUACAUCAAGGCCUUCAAGGUGGCUUACAGCUUCGAUGGGAAGACCUAUGCCGUCUUCAAGACCAUAGGCCAGAGGAAGGACAAGGUGUUUUCGGGGAACGUGGACAAUGACGGAACCAAGACCAACAUGUUCGACCCCCCCAUCGUAGCCCAGUACAUCCGCGUGGUGCCCGUGGUCUGUCGCAAGGCCUGCACUCUUCGCAUGGAGCUGAUUGGCUGUGAGCUCAAUGUAUACUCAAAUACGGCUGGAUGCUCAAAUGCACUUGGCAUGAAGUCCCGGCUCAUCUCCGACGAGAAGCUGUCCGCGUCCAGUGCUUUCCGUACCUGGGGGCUGGAUGCCUUUACCUGGCUACCCCACUUUGCCCGUCUAGACAAACAGGGCAAGACCAACGCCUGGUCAGCAGCCACCAACAACCGGUCAGAGUGGCUUCAGGUGGACUUGGACAGUCCGAAGCGCGUCACAGGCAUCAUCACUCAGGGGGCAAAGGACUUUGGGGUCGUUCAGUUCGUCUCGGCCUUCAAAGUGGCGUUCAGUGACGACGGCUACACUUGGAAGGUGCUGAAGGAUCCCAACACCAGGACAGACAAGAUAUUCCAGGGCAACAUCGACAACAACACUCACAAGAAGAACGUGUUCGACCCUCCGUUCUACGCUCGCUUCGUGCGUUUCCUGCCGUGGGAGUGGAACGAGCGCAUCACCGUGCGUAUGGAGCUGCUGGGCUGUGAUGAGUAGAGAGGCCUUUCCUCUGCUCUCCCCCCUCCGCUGCUCCCUGAACUCACACCAGGCUGGAUUCACACCACAUAGACCAGAGAGUGGGGCCCUCGCAACCCAGCUCCACUCCGUCUCACAGCCUCCUCAAAGCCUCAUCUUAAACUCAGCCGCUUGGUAGAUUGGCCAUAAUACAUAUAACUGGGGAGUUUCAGGGAAGCAAAUAAUAGUCAGUAGAUAAUGUCAGAAUUAGACUUUGCCUUGAUUGUUAGGAGGGUUUGUCCAUAUCUUAGAUAGAGGCAAUCAUGCAAUCAUGUACAAACCUGUAAGUGCUGAUCUUACACUGACGCAAGCAGGUGGAGAUCAUUGUAAGAUAACAGGUCAGCUAUUUCAUUGGAAUUGGUGUCAGUACUCAUAAAAUACAAUCACAAGCUUCCACCAAUUUGUAAUGAUUGGUUACCAUAUUGAGUCUUCCCAAUGAUGUUAAGAAAGAAUGCAUUGGCCCAGCUAAACCAAACCAAAUAAGAAACUUCCUCGUUGUAUUAAAUGUAUCCAUGAUGCAACAAGGUCUGGAAAACCUGAAACUCAAGGGUUGUGGAACACCAAGAUCUCGACACUCCAUUAAACUUGUACUUGGUUAAUUAAAGGCCGAGUCUGCUUCAACAGAACUCUCACCUAGUUUCCCUGGUCAUCGCUGGCCAACACGACUGCUGUUCAGCAUGUUAGCUUUGAGGCAUUAGCUGAGUGAUAUGUUUGCUCGCCUUAGCUAAUAGGAAGCAACAGAGUUCAAUAAAAUUAAUAUUAAAUUUAAUUUGCUUUGGAAAUGAAAAGAAUCUUAUAUCAUUGGGCGACAUUUUUCCUGUUUUUCAAACUAUAAUGUUUGUCUGAAUCCUCCAUGAAUGCUAUCUAUUUAGGCUGAUACAUGAAGACAUAUCUGCACUGCACUGACAAAACCAAUGGGCAUGUUUCUGAGUGGAUCCAGCCUCACGAGGGAGCUCUUUCAUGCAAUUACACUGCAGAUUUAGCUUGAUAGUAACCACAUCUCAUAGCUUUAAUUAACCUGGCUAUUGAUUACUGCACUGUUCUUUGCACUAGGACCAUCACUGGACGCUCCUUCCUAUUUAACACAAGCUUAUUCUGUUAGGUUGUAUUUUUUAGGCUUUUGUUGAGUUGUCCUGAUUUCACAUUGAUCUUGAUCUAAUAUUGUACAAAAUUACGCCUUUUUUCCUGCCAUAAAUUGACAUUUUUUGUUAUUUAGUAGUAUUAAGUUGUGUAUUCUUGUGCUUCUAUCGGUUACUUGAUGUGGAAUGCAGAUUUGUAAUAAAUUAUGGACCAUUUUGAUGUACUUUAAUCAUGUUUUAAAGUAAGUACUUGUAGGUAUGGAUAGAUUGCCUGUUCUGUAUUAAGGCAUUUUUAUAGUCUAAAGUGCAUGAGAAGACUUGGAGGAAGUGUUGUUAGUUUGACAAAUAAGUUACCUCACCACUUUACUAGAGGUAUUUUUUGUACACCAGGUCAAUGCUUGUUCAGACUAGACUCCAGGUCACUUUGAAGAUUUGCAUGACCACUCAUCUCCACAAACAUUCAACUGUCAAAAAGCAGAAACAUUCACCUUCAGGAGUUUUCCUAUUUUUUUUGGUCAAAAAUGAAACUCUAACUGGAUUAGAUGUUGAUCUAUGUAUCCCUUCUGUAGAAAACAAAACAUCUGAAUUCCCCUUCCUCAAGAGUGUUAUCCCCAUAAAAACAUUGUGAAUGACGCAAUCCUCCCCACAGCUUGGAGGCCCAGGGCACACACUGUUAGUGUGUAUGUGUGUGUGUGUGUUUGUGUGUGUGAGGGUGUGUGAGAGAGUGUGCUAGAGUAAAGUGUAAGUGUAAGGAGUAAGUGCGUAAAUGGUCUGGUGCGCCUCAGGGCUGCCAGUCCCAACAGGUCCCACAUGCACACAGAGUUCAGUGUGACAUCAGACAUGACUGUCAUCAGGAUCCGGCUUUUUGCUCUGUCCAGCUGUAGCAGACUUAGGACAUAGUCGGAGCUUGUGGCCAGGGUGGUAGACACUAUCUGGAAAUUCGGUUAUUUCAGCUAAUUUCAGAACAAUGGAAAUCGCUGAAGUCGCUAAAGUCGCUAAAGUCACUUCUUUUCAAACUAGUUACACAUCUGUGCUCCAUAUGAAAGAAAUAUAGUCCAUGCCAGGCUCAGGUUCAAGAAAUAUUUCCUAAAAUGUCCUUAUAUCAAGAUGAGCCAUAUUUCAAGAUAAGGUUACUGCAAACCCAAACCAAUUACAAUACUAAUCACUUAGAUCUAUGAAUGGAGGACAUGCAUUUUUAUGUGUACGUGUUGCUAGGUAACAGAGGUGUGGCCUUUUCAUACAAUGGGCUUUAGCGUAUACAUUUCCUUUUUUUAUCUUAGAAUAAUCCACAGCACUUCAAUGUACUUGUACUACUACACAUAGUUUGAGAUUGUUGAUGUUCGAUUUCUAAUUUUGUAAAGAUUUAAGUCUAAAUAAGACAUAAAAUAAAGACACUGAGAAUCA